CUGCGUAAGGCUAUUGGCGGAGCUUUGUAGUUGGUUAGCCAAAAAAAAAAAAAAAUGCACAGUUAAAGAGAUGAUCAGGAAAACGAGACGAAGAAAACCAUCAGAGUUUAAUUCAAGCUGGGAGCACAAGGACCCGCACAGUCAGUUUUGUUCAGUCCGUCUUUUUGGGAUCCCGGACAGGAGUCUUACGCCACGUUCUAGAAGACCAAGCAGCUGCAGGACAGAACACUGGAGGAAGAAGUCCUGUUUCUUUCCUGAGACAUAUGGCAGGACAUCAGAGUGUAGAUCUAGAUUUUGUUCUAGCAAAGGGUCAGAGGUAAACCUCUGAAUGUUUUUUUUUUUUUUAUCUGAGGGUUUUUAUUCUCUUGUAAUGCUGGAUCGCCCUGUCUAAGCCUUAAAGGUGCUUUUUCUGGUCCACAUGUCAUCCUUUGGCUAGCUACUUUUGGUUUCACAUCAGUCGACCAUCUUCCUUUUCCACCUCUGGCCCCUACAAGGGGGACAGAAACUCCCUAAUUGUAUGUCCUCCCCUUUUCCUGCUCAGUUAUAUUGAAAAUUCAUGUCUCUUUUUUUAACCUCAUUGUUUCUUUACAUCUUUAUUAGCAUUUAGGACAUGGGCUUGAACUCUAAUCUGUUUAAUUUCUGUUGAAAUACCUCCCAUCUAUCCCAUCAUAGCAACAGCCAGCUCUCCUCGCCCUCUUUUAGAGCCUAAAGUGAUUCCCCUCUGAACAUCAAGCCGCUAGGCCGUUGUUUUGGUUGUUUUGGUGCAUGGAAUCAGCCUAAUCGUGGAGAGGCCAGGCUACCACAAACUGAUGGACUUUGACAAGCGGGGAGGGGGUGGCGGAGGAGGAGGAGGAGCAGGUGGAGGCAAGGGGGAGGCGGAGGAUGGGAAAAGGAUGUCUGGGAAGGCAGGAGGAAGAUCAGGACAUAGCGGCCGGAGUGCCGGCUCCGGCUCAGGAGUUCUGAUGGUUGGACCAAACUUCCGGGUCGGGAAGAAGAUCGGCUGCGGGAACUUUGGAGAACUACGACUCGGAAAGAACUUGUACACCAAUGAAUACGUGGCCAUCAAACUGGAACCAAUCAAGUCUCGGGCGCCACAGUUGCAUUUAGAAUAUCGCUUUUUAAAAAUAGGAAAUGGUGUACCUCAGGUGUUUUAUUUUGGACCAUGUGGUAAAUAUAACGCCAUGGUUCUGGAGCUGCUUGGACCCAGCUUAGAAGACCUGUUUGACCUCUGCGACAGGACUUUCUCUCUAAAAACUGUACUCAUGAUAGCCAUACAGCUGAUAACCCGCAUGGAGUUCGUCCACACCCGAAGCCUCAUCUAUCGCGACGUAAAGCCUGAGAACUUCCUUGUGGGCCGACCUGGCUCUAAACGGCAACACACCAUCCACAUCAUAGACUUCGGCCUCGCAAAGGAGUACAUAGACCCUGAGACGAAGAAGCAUAUCCCAUACAGAGAACACAAGAGUCUGACUGGAACUGCCAGAUACAUGAGCAUCAAUACACAUUUGGGGAAAGAGCAAAGCAGAAGGGAUGACCUGGAAGCUUUAGGCCACAUGUUUAUGUACUUUCUGCGGGGCAGCCUGCCUUGGCAGGGACUGAAGGCCGACACUCUCAAGGAACGAUAUCAGAAAAUAGGAGACACAAAGCGAGACACGCCAAUAGAAGUGCUCUGUGAGAACUUCCCAGAAGAGAUGGCCACCUACCUGCGAUAUGUGCGACGGCUGGACUUUUUUGAGAAGCCAGACUACGACUAUCUGAGGAAACUCUUCACAGACCUCUUUGACAGGAACGGAUACAUCUUUGAUUAUCAGUACGACUGGACUGGAAAGCCACUGCCGACUCCCAUUGGGCCCGUGGCGACUGAAACCCAGCUGCCGGCGAGCAACCGAGAGAAAGCGCCUCAAACCAAAAACCAGUCUCCAGAGGGGAAAGGCAGUGAGUCUCAACCCACUCCAAUCACCAACCAAGAGCUGCUGGGCUCCCACCUCAAUGCAGAUAGGCUGGGCGGGUCUGUCCAGGUGAUGAGCUCGACCAACGGAGAGCUGAACACGGACGACCCUACGGCCGGACAUUCGAACGCACCAAUCACAGCCAAUGCAGAGGUCGAGGUCCCCGACGAUAUAAAAUGCUGCUGUUUCUUCAAAAGGAGGAAGAGGAAAGCUCUCCAGAAACACAAGUGAAGAGACCAGAGAAAAACCUUUUGCGCUCUUCUUUAUUUUUUUCUCUUUAUUUCUCUGAAGCCAUUUUCCUUGAACUCUUUCUCCUUUUCUUUAUCUGCUAGUUUCUGCGCCGGUUUGUAUAUUUAAACCGUGAAAUUGUUAUUUUUUUUGUUUUGUUUUUCAUUUCACCGCAGAAUUUCAAAUGUGCCGCCUGCUCCAGCGGUGCUCUCGGUAUUUAUGGCUGCAGAUACAACAGUGGAGUAGUUAACAGACUGGAUUCAGCUAUUUACCAGAAGACUGACUGAUUAUUUUUUGUGCUCUUCCUUACUGACUGGAUCAGAAGACGAAGUGUAUUUCAGGAGAUGCAAGCGAAGCAGACUUCCUACAGCAUGGAAGCGGAGCCUGUCGGACCAUGCGUGCAAACGACAUGCACAAAGAAUUCACGCUGCACAUUUUGUUGAGCUCACAAAGAGACUCGAUGGACAGAGAUGCAGUUCUUGCACAUAGUUUUUAUUCCUUGGUGUCAAAGGAGUUGCUCGGUACCGGACCCGGGCCCAGAUCGUAUAAUGGACCGGGAUUGGUGUAUUUCUCAUUAACCAUCUGAGAGAAACACUCCCACCCACCAGAAAACUCAAAACUUAAAGAUGUUUAUGUAAAAUUUAUGCUUUACUCUGAAUUUGAGUUGUAACUAAAAUAAGACUGUUCUCUUUUCAGUUUUUUGUUUUUUUCUCUCUUCUGAGUUGUUAAAGUUUGUUUUGUAGCUUCUUAGUGUGAUCCUCAGAAUGUAUUUUUUUUAAAUAACCUUUGAAAUUUUUUGUUUCGGUUUUCCCUCUUUCUUUUUAGGUUGAAGGGUGGAAAGUUGGAUAAUGCCAUUAAAAACAAUGAAACAAAA